AUGCAUCGCAAUGAGCAAGUCAUGCGGGACAAAGGGCAGCGGGACUCACCAAAGCAACUAUUGAGCGAAGUCAGGACGCCUCGGUCACGCUCGUCACUUCUCCGCCAUCAUGUCCUUGAGACUCCUAUGACGAUUCGUACACAACCGACGCCAUGUAUCUCUUGCGUAGAUAUUACAGUGCACAGGUCGGAAAUUCCCGACGAAAUACCGUGA